CUCUGCUUCACGAGGAUACCUUGAUAGCCGCGCGAGCAGAUAGUCUCGUCCGUGAGCACCCGUCGUUCUCUUGUUUUGCGGUUCUUUUUUUUGGCCAAGUGCAACGAUGCCGCGAACCGAUCGGCAAUACGCGGGAGGCGGCUGAAGCCGGAAUGUAUUUCUCGCGCGCACGUAAAUGCACGUAAAGCGAGAGAAUACGCUUCUGUGAUGUAUCGCGCAAGACUGUACAUAUGUCAUAUUGCGGAAUUAUGCCACCUACUGUACCAAGCGAACCAGACUCCAGUAGCAGAAGGAUGUCCCGUAGUCGGAAGCAUGCCAGCAUGGAGGAAUCCGUUGAAGCGGGUGAUCUAACAGCGGACACAACUCCGUCCGCGCUGGACUCAUUUUCCAAGCAACUGGUGAAAAGGAAGAAGAUGAAUACCGAGGCGAACGGCGAGGCAAAAUCCGUGUCUGAUCCUGAGUACGAAGUAAAAAUGGAGUCGGACGACAAUACCACCAUAGAGUUCGACAAGGAGAAUCACAAUCCGCAAAUAAAUCAGGAUCAGGCGGAAGAAAAUGCGGAGAAGAAGAUGAAAACGGAGGGCAACGAAGAAGUGUCCCAACUAAAGUCGCAAGUUAAAAAGACAUCUGCCACGGUCGAGCGGUGCGAGAUCUGCAGGCAGAAGUUGAACGACGAAACGAGAUUAUACCAAGGACACCCGAACGGUGCAAUGGAGGAGCAAAUAGCUUUAACGGAUCCUAAGCUAUGUUUGUUUACAGGAGACGAAUCUUUUAUACAUGAAAGCGAUGAGAGACCACAAAAUAAAUUAACUUAUUUUAGUGUUUAUGAUAAAAACGGACACCUGUGUCCGUUCGACACGGGGCUCAUAGAGAAGAACGUGAUGCUGUAUUUUUCUGGAUACAUGAAAGCCAUUUACGAAGAGGAUUCCUCACCUGAGGGGGGCGUGCCGACGAAGGACAUGGGGCCAAUAAAUGAGUGGUACAUUUCUGGAUUCGACGGCGGAGAAUUGGCGCUGAUAGGUUUCAACACCGCUUUCGCGGAGUAUAUUUUAAUGGAGCCGUCUGAGGCUUACGCACCGUUCAUGGAUGUCGUUAAGGAGAAGAUAUACAUGAGCAAAUUGAUCAUAGAAUUUUUGUUAGAUGAAAUUAGUCCAACUUACGAGGAUCUAGUAAACAAACUCCAAACAGUGGUACCUCCCAAGGGCAUGACGAAGUUCACGGAGGAUGCACUGUUGCGUCACGCGCAAUUCAUUUGCGAUCAAGUCUCGUCAUUCGACGAGACCGCCGCUCCCGACGACCCUCUCCUCAUCACGACUCCUUGCAUGCGAUCUCUCGCCAAUCUCGCGGGUGUCACGUUGGGUAAGAGGGGCGCUAUUCGUCGGACGCGUCGCAUGGAGAAAGUCAAGAAGCCCGCUUGGACGAUGGCUACUACGACAAAAUUAGUUAACAAUAUGUUUGAGAACAUUUUCGCUGAUCAGCUCGCUAAGCACGAUGAUAAGAUGCCGAUAGGACCCAAAAGACAGCGUUGUGGUAUCUGCGAAAGUUGCCAACAACCUGAUUGCGGUACCUGCAGCUUUUGUAAAGAUAUGACGAAAUUUGGAGGUACUGGAAGAAGUAAGCAAGCAUGCGUUAGAAGAAGGUGUCCAAAUAUGGCGAUCCAGGAAGCGGAUGACUCCGAUCCGGAAAACGAAGAGCAGUACGAGAGUUCUGCGGAGGACGAAAAGGAAGAAGAGAAGCCGAAGAAGGACUUUAAGGAACUUAAGAAAGAUAUAAUAUGGGAGGAAGAAGAUAAGAUAGUCGAUGGCCAGAAGACGUAUUACAAGUCGGUGAUGGUCGGGAACGAGCAAAUCAAAAUAAAUGAUUAUAUCUUGGUGGAGCCAAGAAAUCCGGCAGUUCCUUUGCACAUUGGCAAAGUCAUCUUCAUGUGGGAAGAUAAUAAAAAUGGUUUGAAAAAGUUUCACGCAAACUGGUUUCGUAGAGGUACAGACACCAUCCUCGGUGAAACAUCGGACCCCGUAGAGUUGUUCCUGAGUAACGAUUGCGAUGAUGUAACAUUUACGUGUGUUAGGUCAAAGGCGAGUGUUAUCCACAAGAAAGUGCCUGACGAUUGGUCGGAAUUAGGUAAUAUGGACGUAGAUGAUGAAAUAAAGGACGUAGACGGCAAGACGUUCUUCUAUCAGAUGAGAUACAUUCCGGAGAAUGCUCGAUUUGAGGAUCCGUUGCCAGAUCUCGAGUGUCCGCGAAAGGAAACCAGUCAUCGAUUCUGCCCCGCUUGCGCACGAUUGAGGAUGUUGGAACAAUAUAACACGCCGAAGGUCUCUGAACGAAUAAACGAAAAGAGUAGCAAGGAGGUAAUUUACGGAGUGGUGAAGUACAAGGAUGAGGAGUACAGAGUGGGUAGCGCGGUAUUUCUGCACCCAAGUGCUUUUAAAUUUAAGCAUAUACAGACGUAUCAGGAAGCUCAAAAGCCAAAGAAGGAAGUUGUGGACGAGGAUAUGUACCCAGAAUUUUACCGAAAGGUUUCGGAUCACAAAGCAAAAUUCUCGAAUACCGAUACGCCAGAACCUUUUCACGUUGCUUACAUAAAUGCGAUAUACGCUACCACUACUGAUCUAAUAGUCUCGCCCGCGGACAUUUGUAUUAGGGUGAACAAACUGUAUAGACCGGAGAAUACUCACCGCGAUUUAACAUUAAUGGAGCAGGCGGACCUUAACAUGGUGUAUUGGAGCGAUGAAGUAUGCAGCGUAAAAUUUUCCGAGGUUGCCGGGAAAUGUUAUCUAGUAUAUUCCGAAAACCUGAGCGAAUCCGUUGAAGAAUGGUCCAUGGGUGGUCCAAAUAGGUUUUACUUCACUGAGGCUUAUAACGCUAAGGAGAAAACAUUUGACGAACCACCCUACAGCAUCAUUAGCAUGGGCAAAUGCGGGAAGGGAAAGGGAAAGGGUAAAUCAAAGACGAAGAAGGCGGAAGAGAUCGAAAACAAGCCAACUAUUGACAGACCUAGUGAUUAUUCCACUAUAAAGAGAAAAUUGAGGACAUUGGAUAUCUUUGCUGGAUGUGGAGGACUGUCGGAAGGAUUCCAUCAAGCGGGGAUAGCGGAAAAUUUAUGGGCAAUCGAGAAGGAAGAGUCUGCAGCGUAUGCAUAUCGCUUAAAUAAUCCGAAAACUGUAGUAUUUUCGGAGGAUUGUAAUAUACUAUUACAUAAAGUGAUGAACGGUGAUCGCACGGACGACAGUGGACAGAAACUUCCCCAGAAGGGAGAAGUCGAGCUCCUGUGCGGUGGGCCACCGUGUCAAGGUUUUAGCGGCAUGAAUCGUUUUAAUUUUCGGCAGUACUCGUUGUUCAAAAGUUCCCUCAUUGUCUCGUGUUUGUCUUACUGCGAUUAUUAUAGACCGAAAUUUUUCGUGAUGGAAAACGUGCGGAACUUCGUGUUUUAUAAAAGAAGCAUGGUGUUGAAGUUAACUCUACGGUGUCUCGUUCGAAUGGGUUACCAGUGUACGUUUGGUAUUGUCCAGGCCGGUAAUUACGGGAUAGCACAAACGAGGAGGAGAAUGAUAAUCUUGGCUGCUGCUCCUGGAGAAAUACUUCCGAAGUAUCCAGAACCGAUGCAUGUAUUUAAUAGGCGAUGCUGUUCGCUAAGUGUUGUGGUAGAUAAUAAAAAGUACUUCUCGAAUUGUGGCUGGACGAAAUCGGCGCCGUACAGGACGAUCACUGUGAAAGAUGCCAUGUGCGAUUUACCAGAUAUCAGAAACGGUUGGAACAGGGAGGAAAUGUCAUAUGGUAGUGAACCAUUGACACAUUUCCAGAGGAAGAUGAGAGAUAAACAGUAUCAGUCAAUACUAAAAGAUCACAUAUGCAAGGAGAUGACUCCGCUUGUCGAAGCACGAAUGGCUCACAUUCCAACCGCCACAGGCUCUGAUUGGCGCGAUUUGCCGAACAUCAGUGUGCGACUGAGCGACGGUACUUUCUCCAAGAAAUUAGAAUACCUGCAUCAUGAUAAGAGAGCUGGGAAAAGUUCGACGAACGCGUUGCGCGGAGUCUGCAUUUGCAGUAGUGGCCGGCCAUGCGAUCCUAUCGACAAACAAUUUAACACCUUAAUCCCGUGGUGUUUACCGCACACUGGAAACCGACACCAUAAUUGGAGGGGUUUAUACGGGCGACUCGAAUGGGACGGAUUCUUUGGCACAACUGUCACCAAUCCGGAGCCGAUGGGCAAACAGGGGCGCGUUUUGCAUCCAACGCAAAACCGUGUAGUGAGCGUAAGGGAGUGCGCAAGGUCUCAGGGAUUCCGCGACUCGUUCCGUUUCUACGGCACGAUAUACGAGAAGCAUCGACAGGUUGGCAACGCGGUGCCGCCACCGUUGGGAGCUGCCAUAGGCCACGAGAUAAGAAAGUGCAUCUCCGACGCGACGGUACUGUCGAACGAGAGAUACAAGUCUACGAACAGCUGUGCUAAAGCCGCGGCGAGGAGUAACAGUCUCGACGAGGCUGACGAGACUAUCAUGAAUGACGUGUCUGACCAGACACUGACCACUCACAAUGGCGCGAGUACUAGUUCCAACGAAUCCAAGGAUCCAGCAGCCUGUCGACGUAGGCGAUACUCGACGUAGACGGAGAGCUUUCUGGGAAGUUUCUCGUUAGCGAAAGCGGUUCCAAUUGUACCUCUUAAAAUAGUACUCAGUAUUAAGCAACUCCGAUUAUACUCUGGUAUUUGAUUUAAUAUACAUUCGAUAAGGACAAGAUCCUGUUAUAAUCCACAGUUAGAUUUACUAAUCGCAGAUUUUACAUGUAAAAAUGUUGAAAUAGAUUUACAAUUGUAACAAGA